AUGGGUCCUAAUUGGGCACACCUCGUGAGAUUCAUCAGCGAAGAAGAUGGCCAAAUCCACUUUGGUGAAGUCGAUCCAAGCAGGUAUCCAGAUGUUGGGAUCGCAAUAUUGAAUGGCGAGAGAGUUGCAGUCAAGUUGAUCAAAGGGUCGAUCUUCGAUGGCACGGUAACCGACACAACGGUGCACAUUGCCAGACUUCUGGCUCCCAUUGGAAUGGAAGAAGUGCCCAUUAUCCGGUGCCUGGGGCUCAACUAUCGCGACCAUGCCAGAGAGGCGAACAUGCCCAUUCCGGAUGUGCCGGUCGUCUUUAUCAAACCGCGCACGGCACUCAACGGACCCCAUCCUGCCAAGAUAAACGUGCCCAAGAUUGCACAGGAUGGCUCCAGCGACUAUGAGGCAGAGCUGUCGAUUAUUCUGUCUCAGACUGGUCGAGAUAUUCCCGAGUCAGAGGCCAUGAAGUACGUGUUGGGUUAUACCUGCAGCAAUGAUGUUAGUGCUCGAACACAGCAGUUCAAGAACAGCCAGUGGUCCUUCUCAAAAGGUCUCGACGGAUCUUGUCCACUGGGCCCAGUCCUUGUGUCUCCAUCCGCCAUCGGCAACCCGCAUAAUCUGCAAGUUAAAGCCAUCCAUAAUGGCAAUGUGGUGCAAGACUCAAACACUAGGGAAAUGAUCUUCGAUAUUGCAAAAACUAUUGCAUUUCUCUCUCAGGGGACCACUCUCGAAAAGGGCACCAUUAUCAUGACCGGAACGGGUCCUGGAAUUGGCGCUAUGCGUAACCCCAAGGUUGUCCUGAACCAUGGUGACGAUAUGCGAGUGGAAAUUGAGAAUAUCGGAACUUUGAUUAACGAAGUCUACUAUGAGUAA